UGACACAGUGCUUUGGUCAAGUCCAGAAAGCAGUACACCAGAGCCUAUACAUCGGUCACCUUCAAUAUCCCAAACAUCUGAUGUGCAAGUUCAGUGUGGUACAGAAUCUCAAAUGGCAUCCACAUCAGGAGAACAUACUACAAGUUACAGUAUCUAUACCAAUAUCUAUGCACCUGUCGUUAUUGACAGCAGUUCUUCAGAUGCUGAGGGAGAGGAGUUGCAAAAGGAAAACUGUGAUGAACCUGAUGGAUUGACGGCUGCAGAUGUCAUCUCAAAUCUGGCUCUGAAGAUCAACAAAACCUCCUGUAGCAGAUUCAACAUUAACAGAGCCAAUGUCUGGGAUGGUGCCUACCGAGGCUUCAGAAGGUCUUCAUAUAGUCCCAACUCUGGCAUGAUGGUGAAAUUCUCUGAUGACGUGGGGCUGGCUGAAGAGGCAAUAGACACAGCUGCAGAUGAAAAUGAAUAUUUCUACACUGGAAGAAUGAUUGCAGUUUCCAUUGUCCAUGGUGGUCCAGGGCCAUGUUGUUUAUCUCCAAACUUCUUUAUGUACCUUGUUGGAAAAGACAAGACAUUCGAGGCACCAAUUGAUGAUAUAACAGAUGAAGAAAUCAAGAAGGCUCUACUAGAGAUAAAGAAUGCAACAUCUCUAAGUGAGCUCCGAGUAAUCACAGAAAAACACUCAAGCAUGCUCCAGACAGCAGGAUGCUAUCGAUUCAUGAGGACACUGGAGGAUAAGAAGAAGGUAGUAGCGGAUUACAUUCAGUGGUACUUCAUCUACCGAAACCAUCUUUCCAUCCAAAGUUUCAGAGAGGGUCUAGCAACACUGGAUUUUCUAAACGCCCUGGAACAGCAUCCUUCACUCUUCUUCUCAUUCAUGUGCUACACUGAGACCAGGCUGACAGCUGAUCUUCUGGAGAACAUCUUUCAUGUGCAAUUUGGUCCACCUGGCAGCUCUAGGCGUCAAGAGGAGACAAGAGUAAUAAGCUACUGGCAAGACUAUCUGCUUUCUGUAGAAGAGAGAAAUGGAAGUCUGUCUCUUGAAGACAUUCUUAUGUUUGCAACUGGACUGAGGGAAAUUCCUCCUGCAGCAAUUCAGCCAAAGCCACGGCUUCUUUUCCAGACCACUUCACGCUUCCCUGUAGCAGAUGUCUGUGCAAAUACUAUCAAGAUCCCAGUGUUACACAGUUAUGAGGACUUCAAGAAGCCAUGGAUUAUGGCAUCCAGAACUCUCCUGGGUUUGGGCUUCCCUAAGAUCUCCAAAUUAAUCAACGUGUUUGUUACAGUACCUAAUUAA